AUGCCACCAUUGGAAUGGGAUAAUAUGGGAGUGAAAGUCGACGGUCGGCAGUUGCACCAUCUUCGCUUCGCUGAUGACAUCGUCCUUAUGACACCAAAGACCAGCCAAGCGGAAGGUGUGCUUGACGACUUUGAUAAAGCCUGUGGAAAGAUUGGUCUUCGACUAAAUCUCACAGAAACGAUGCUCAUGAAGAACGGAUUGGUUUCUCAUGCCCCAUUCACGCUCAAUGGAACGAAUAUCUCCGAAUGCUCCAAUUAUGUCUAUCUUGGUCGGGAAAUCAAUAUGAUGAACGACCUAGCUCCAGAGCUGAGCAGAAGGAAACGAGCGCCUUGGGGAGCUUUCAAGAGCAUCGAGGAUGUAGUGAGGAGAACAAAGAACACCCGACUCCGUGCCCACUUUUCCGACUCAGCGGUACUUCCUGCCCUGACGUGUGUGCUAGAAACCUGGUCGCUGCGUAAGCAGGAUGAAAGGUCACUCAGCGUUAUCGAAGGCGCAGUCGAAAGGACGACGCUAGGAGUAUCCCGUUCCACACAAGUAAGACAUAGGAUCCGGAGCUCCGAUCCGCUUCAACGGUCAAAAAUCGAAGAUAGUGUUCUGGACUCCAAACAGAUAAGGUGUGCCAGACACGUAAUGCGUAUGAAUGACAACCGAUGGACAAGAGCCGUUAGUGAAUGGAUUCGUCGGGAUGUCAAACGUACUAUAGGAAGACCACCGACCCGAUGGUCAGAGCUCUUGGCAAAGAGUCUUUAA